UUUAGUCACACACUUGAGUCGUUAUUUAAUCCCACUUAUGUUCAUCGAAGAAAAAAGGGGAGAAAUCGAAACAGAAAGAAAAGUGGAGGGUAUAAAAGAUUCAUUACAGGACACAUAUGGACUGCAGUUGGAGCUGAAGAGUGAGCAGGAGAGAUGAGUUCUUACAGCAAUCCUUUGACAAGCCCUGGACAGGACCUCAAAAACAAAGCCUGCACUGGAAAAACUAAAGGGAUGAAGUCUGACACAGGCAGUCCUGUCACCAUUGCGAUGCCUUCAGAGCUUUUCUUCGGGGAGGAACCGCAGAGCACCUGUCCUGCCUUCCACUUUGUCAUGGCUCUGAAGGCAGUGAAUGCUAAACUUGAAGAGCUUUACCCUGAGAGUGAGGAGCUCUUUAAGGUCCUCCUCAUCGGCGACAGCUCAUCAGACUCACUCAACAAGGCUAUCAGAGGUCAUGGGCUGGAAGAACUCAUUACUGUUCUGGAUGUGAGUGACGAGGAUCUUAUUAGUGAGUUACAGCGAACAAACACCCACCUCUACCUGUCUACUGAACCAGGGCUGAACAAGGUUCAAGAAGCACUGAGCCAAGGUAUAGCUGCAGCUAUCAUGAAGAGCCCAGAAAACAUCGAGCAGACUGAGGGUCAGCUGCGUGUUGCGUUUGAUGGUGACGCUGUCCUCUUCUCUAAUGAGUCAGAAAAACUUUUCCAAUGUGGACUACAAGCAUACUUGAACAACGAGCAGGAAAAUGUUGAAAUUCCAAUGGAAGAGGGGCCAUUCAAAAGCUUCUUGGAGGUUUUGGAAAGACUGAAGAUGAAGUUGCAGGAAAAAGGCCUGUACAGGAACUGCCCCAUUCGUACCUACCUGGUGACAUCUCGUGGUGCAGGUUCUGAUGGCUACAGAGCCUUAAACUCUCUGCGCAUGUGGGGUCUGGAGGUGGAUGAGGCCGUCUUUUUGGGAGGGACUAAGAAAGGUCCCACUCUGGAGAAGAUUCGCCCCCACAUCUUCUUUGAUGACCAGCAGAGUCACAUUAAUGCUGCACUGGAGGUUGGCACUGUGGCAUGCCUGGUGCCCAUCAACUCAGACUAACCAACAAGCAAUGAAUUAUGGGAGUCAGCAGCUGGUUGCAUUAUAAUUGGCAGAGAUGUGAACUAGAAUCAUAUGUUCCCAUAAUGUAUACAAGAUAUAAGAAAUAAACAUGCAGUAAAUCUG